CCUCAAAUUCAAUCCUCUUUCAUUCCUCCAACCAUUAUCCUCUCCUCACCAACUCCCUCUCUAUCUCUCCGUCUCCGAUGGCCACCGCCGCAAUGAUAAAAACGCCACCAACCUUCGCGGCCUAUCUUUGCAGUACCGCCGCCGGUGGUUCCUCCGUCAAACCUCCUCAGAUUUCCUUCACAUCCACUAGGCUCUCACUGCCUUUGAUACGCUGUCGUAUUCACCACUCCAGACAACACAAGAGGACUGGCAUCGAAUUUCUCAGCCUCUCCGCUCAGAAAUUCUCGACCUACGCUGCUAAUGGAGAAACCGCGGAGGCCGAAACCGAGACACAAGAGAAAGAGCCGGCUCAAGGAUCUGAUUCGGAGCCUCAAAUUGAGGGGGACAAUGAUGGCACUGCUAAUGUUGAUGGUUCUAGUGAGACUACUGAUGCAGUUGCGGAUGAACCAAGUUCUGUGGUAAUAGCUUCUUUAAACUUAUAUAAGGAGGCUCUAGCAAAUAAUGAUGAUUCAAAAGUUACCGAAGUAAAAUCUUUCUUAAGAUCCAUUGAAGAAGAAAAAGUGGAUCUUGAGAGAAAGGUGGCGACUUUAUCUGAAGAACUGCAGUAUGAGAAGGAUCGAGUUCUUAGAAUUAGUGCCGACUUUGACAAUUUCCGUAAGCGGACGGAGAGAGACCGGCUUUCACAGGUGUCAAAUGCACGAGGAGAAGUUUUAGAGAAUUUGUUACCUGUACUGGAUAAUUUUGAGCGGGCUAAAGCUCAGAUCAAAGUGGAAACUGAAGGAGAAGAAAAGAUCACCAACAGUUACCAGAGCAUAUACAAGCAGUUUGUGGAGAUUCUGGUAUCCCUGGGUGUUGUUCCUGUGGAGACUGUUGGGAAACAAUUUGAUCCGAUGCUGCACGAAGCUAUAAUGCGCGAAGAUUCAGCAGAAUAUGAAGAAGGUGUUGUUAUUGAAGAAUUCAGGAAGGGGUUUCAACUUGGUGAGAGACUUUUGCGACCCUCAAUGGUGAAGGUAUCAGCCGGUCCUGGACCUGCAAAAGGCAAUACUGAAGAACAAUCUGAGGAAAAUGCAGGAGAAAGUGAAACCAGUGAAGAGGGCAGCUCCGAAACCACUCCAACUGAGGGAUAACUAGCCUGACAGCCAAUUUUGUGGUAGAAAAAAAAUCUCUCUUGCUAGUUAAAUUCAGCUUUGAGUUUAUGUGGGUCUAUCUAUACCGGCUCUAGAGAGAACACCAGUACAAUAGAUAAGAAUGUAUUUUUAACUGGGAAAUCCGCUCAUCGCAUUCAUUCAUUGUGACCUUAGAAACAACAGUUGUGUUUUGUUAGCAUUGCAGGAUUCUUACUAUAUAUGUUUGGUAAACUUUCUCUGUU